UUUGAUCCACAGAGCCACAAAGUUGCUCUAGCUCUCAUCCAAGUGGCUAAUGCUGCCCUCGGGGAGGAAAAAGAGAAGCAGGGAAGAAGAACCGGUGGGGAGGCAAUCUAUAUCAGGAUACUUUGGACCAGUUGACGAGAGAAGAGGAGGUUGGAGAUGCUUGUCUGGAUUUUGGUUGAACUCUGAGGAGACUGACCUUUAACCUUCUUUACAUCUGAUCGAUGGUUUUGUUUUUAACAACUUUUUCAGCAUCAUGAGCUCCUCAUCAGCCAACCUUCAAAACAAACUUCUGCCUUCAGAGACAGACCUCACCCAGAGACGCCCAGACAUGGAAUCAGCACAGCAGCUCAAGCUUAGAGAGAGGCAGCGUUUCUUUGAGGAGGUCUUUCAACAUGAAGUAGAUGUAUACCUGUCCUCCGCACACCUGUGCAUCAGGGACUACAGGAGACCUCCAAUUGGCAGUAUUUCCUCAAUGGAGGUGAAUGUAGACCUCCUCGACCAGAUGGAGCUCAUUGACCUCUCUGAUCAAGACCCUGUGGACGUCUUCUUCAACUCUGUGGGGGAAGAAGGGGUGCUGUCCUCCCCAAUGCCAGCAAGCAGCAACAGCAAUGAGGAGGCCAUCAGGAACGGGCUAUUUCAACACGUCCUUGAGAGCCUAGACAGCAAGUCCCGCAUGUCCUCCACAUCUUCAGAUUGCUCCUCUGACAGCCAGGUCGCCAACAUCAAUGGAGGGGACACGCCUUUGGUUGGGUCAGACGAGGAAGAGGAAAACAGCACAGAGAAGAAGAGGGGCGUUUCACCAGGAGGGGAGAAGAAAAUUCAGAGUGUACACUCUUGUUGCAAAGAAUCAUCUUGUGCUGAAUAAUUGUGUAUGGAUAGUACAGCAGAGAAGACUUCAGCCAUAAGAGGACAUUUUGGAAAAAAAAUGACCACCAAUUGUAAAUACGCUUGUUCUCAUUAGACUGAUCUUCUACAUUGUCAUUUUAUUUUAUUUUCUUGUGGAAAACAGUUAUUUUGGUACAGUAUUAUGAAACCAUGAAAGAAGUUUGAUGAUCAGAAAUUGCAUAUAGAAAAAAAAGAUGCUGCAGAAAGAAACAAUAAAUGGUUUAACAGUGAAUUUUACAGCUUGUGUUCUGCUAGGAAUAAAGAUAAAAUAAAUGAA